AUGACACUGUCGGUGGUAUUGUCAGGGGUGAAUUUAACCUCCAAAGCGACAACCACGGAAAGCCAGUCUAUAAGAAGAACGGGCAGGUCAACGGCCUGGACGUCAUGUUAUAUUUCUGGGACGAUCGAGAUGGCCCGGACUUCUGUGGCUGGUGGUUUGGUCCAAAGGUUGGCGGAGAUCAGGUUUGGGCUUACCACCCAGAGAAGGCGCCAACGCCGCCCCUGA